CCCCCACCCCCGCCGCGCUGGUCCUGGCUCCUCUUGACCUGCUUGGAGCCGCCCCAUCUGGCUGCUGUUCUGGGUUCCAGGACAGCCACGUGAGGGCUGUUUACAGAGGGAAAGAAGUGGCUCCUAACAGACGACAGACGCUUCUCAAAAGACACCUGCUCUUCCUGUAGAACAGACUUUUUCAGCAGGAUUUUGCUUUCAGUGAAACGUGAUUUGACUUGAAAAGGAACCCAGUGAGAAGUCUGAGUCCACAGCUGUCCGGGUGUGAGCGUGAGCGGGUAGAGGUGUGCCCUUGUUUGCCUCAGGCUGUCUGAUUUUCUCAGGCUGUUUUUUCUGUUUCUGUCCAUGGAGGAAGAGAAAGAUGACAGCCCAGAGGUUGGCUUCUGCCUGGGCACCGCUCUGCACUCUUGGGGGCUGUGGUUCACGGAGGAAGGUUCCCCGUCCACCAUGCUGACGGGGAUUGCGGUUGGAGCCCUCCUGGCCCUGGCCUUGGCUGGUGUUCUCAUCCUUUUCACAUUCAGAAGGCUUAGCCAAUUUCGACAAGCGCAGCCCACUCCUCAGUACCGGUUCCGAAAGAGAGACAAAGUGAUGUUUUACGGCCGGAAGAUCAUGAGGAAGGUGACCACGCUCCCCAACACCCUGGUGGAGAACACCGCACUGCCCCGGCAGCGGGCCAGGAAGAGGACCAAGGUGCUGUCUUUGGCCAAGAGGAUUCUGCGUUUCAAGAAGGAAUACCCGGCCCUGCAGCCCAAGGAGCCCCCGCCCUCCCUGCUGGAGGCCGACCUCACAGAGUUUGAUGUGAAGAAUUCUCACCUACCCUCGGAAGUUCUGUACAUGCUGAAAAAUGUUCGGUAAGAGCAGGGAUGAGCCCCGAGGGCUGCUGCAGCUCCCGUCCUCCGGGCUUCUCACUGGGGACUGGCUCCAGCUUGGCUGUCUUGUGUUGGGGGAUGGUUGGCAAAGCCCAUCAUGGGGCUGCUGGUGUCUGUGCCCCGUGGCAGGGCCUCGUGGUCUGCUGGCUCCUUCACCAGGUCUUUCUUGUUCUGUUGAACAAUUUCCAGUAUUUCAUCUUCAGCAGUGAACCCAGAGCAAGAGUGAGAACGGUGUGGUGGAUCCAAAGUCUGGAGCCUGGGUUCUGCUCUGUGCUCCCGUCUUGCUGACUGGCCCCUGGACUGCACCCCUCUUCCACUCCCUGGCCCAGCUCACCAUCCUGGAGGCCACCUUUGCCUUCCUCCCGUGUGCGUGGGGCUCAGGUUCACAGGUCAAGAAGUUCUCUGAGCUGAUGGAAAACAGGCUCAUGGGAAUUUCAGAAGUUGACAGUUGUGUUCGGCAGUGAUGCCGUGUGGUUUGUUGGUCAGCCGCGUGGACCCACAGCACAAGGCCUGGCGCC